CAAACACAAAGCACUCCAAAUAGAUAAUAUCGAGGAACUCCAGAGCUUCACUUCUACAUGAUGUGAUUGUCAUCGGAGCUUUCUGAGGAACGGACCACGAAGCUCGCGAAUUCGGCCAAUUAAAAUAUACCAGAAUGGCUGGAAUGUCUCUCGGUGUAAGGCGACCAACCGACCAGCUCCUUGCUGUGCUCGUAUUUCUGCUGUGUGCCACUUCACUGCCAGUAUGCCUAUCAGCUGUCAAUGGUACAGAUCAUAUCAACAUUUGGAUCGUUACCCACACACACGACGACGUCGGCUGGUUGCAGACAGUUGAUCAGUACUACAUCAGUCAAGUCCAGUGGAUUCUGGACACGUCGUUACGAUGCAUCGCCGAAGACAGCAGUAGGCGAUUCACAUACGUGGAGCAAGCAUAUUUUUACCGCUGGUGGAAUGAGCAGAGUGAUUCUACCAAGCAACGUGUUAUCCAACUAGCCAAGAGCAAGCAACUGGAGUUCAACCUUGGUGGCUGGUGCAUGAAUGAUGAGGGAACAACAAGUUACUUCAGUGUCAUCGACCAGAUGAGUGAAGGUGCCCUGUUCAUUCAUGAUGAGUUUGGACCGGACAUCUACCCGAAGGUCGGAUGGCAUGUGGAUCCGUUUGGCCACAGCAGUGUAACACCGUCCCUGUGGGCCGACAUGGGCUUUGACGCUCACGGCAUUGAUCGUAUUGACUUCAGGAUCAAGGACCAGCGCAAGGCAACCAAGGAACUGGAGUUUGUGUGGCGUGGAUCACGAAGCUUUGGACCCGAGAAUCAGAUGUUCACCCACAUCAUGGACAGCAUGUAUUGCACGCCUGCCGAGUGUCAGUAUGAUCGCAACACACGGAUUCAAACUGACCCACUGCUGCCUACAUACCAGCUCAAUUUUAUUGAACAAGGGGAGGCAUUCGUGAACAUGUCAAGGCAGAGGAAUCAGUGGUAUCGUCAUGAUCAUAUUCUUAUUCCAUUUGGCUGUGACUUUGAGCACCAGAACGCGUACAAAAGCUUCAUGCAGAUGGACAAGUUGAUCGACUACGUCAACAGCAAUGCAACAUUGAACGCAACUGUUCGCUAUGGCACAUUUGGUACAUACAUUGAGGCUAUCAAUGCUCUCAACAUAACAUGGCCAGUUUACACCGGCGACUUCUAUCCAUAUGUACCCGAUUAUGGACAAUAUUUCGGUGGCUACCUGACCAGCAGACCACACCUGAAGGGCUACAUCCGAUCCAGAGCCGCUGUGCUUAGAACCACUGAGCUAUUAGCCUACAUUGCAGCCAAGUCACCGGCGGCUGGCCAUGUAGACUGGAAGGAUGGACUGGAGCAAAUCGGGCUGUUGCGCCGCGCCAUGGGAGCAAGUCAACAUCAUGACGCGAUAUCCGGAACUGAGAAGCAAGCCGUCGCUGAUGACUACUAUCUACAGCUGUUCAAGGGAACAACAGCAACCCAGGCAUUGUCAGGAAACCUGCUUGGGAGUCUACUGAAGGGCAGUGCUGGCGAAGCUCCUCAGCUUUAUGUGAACUCUAGUCAGGUACUUUCCAACUGGACUGCUGAUGAGGAGAUUGCCGUGGUUGUGUUCAACAGCCUUGCCUGGGAAACCAGCCGUGUUAUCACCGUACUGACCAACAGAACUGAUGUCAGAGUGUUUGACGGCACCGGGGCUCCCUUGGAAGCACAGCAACUGAUGACCAUUCCGGAGUAUGACCCGCUCGUGACUGGAAACCAUUCCAGUCACCAGCUCCUGUUCAUAGCCGAUCUGCCUGCCCUGGGAUUUCAGACGUACUACCUUCGGCAGGGUCAAGCCCAAAAUGUAUCGCAGUUCACACCAGUGGAAGGAGAUUUUGAGAUUGAGAAUGGCUUCAUGAAGGCAUGCUUCUCGUCAGAAAAUCGCACACUGGACUGCAUUGCUGUUCAGCCGAAUAGCGACAGUAUCGUAUUUCAUAGCACUCUGGCACAGUAUAUGAGUGCUGCUGGCAACAACGAGAGGAACAGCGGUGCAUACGUCUUCCGUCCGAUGCAGGAUAAUUAUAUCCACGUGGGAGGAAGUGCUGCCUCACAAUCAUUUCACCAACUCACCUGGCAUUUUUAUCGCUCGGCCACUCCAUUCGCGGCUACGGGAGGUCCAGUCGUCUUGGCAACAGCUCGGGGUGACCCCGGUCAUCCCACAUUGGACACGUUUACAGCAUCCGUUGCCUCGGCAACCGUGAACCAGACUGGCUUCCAAAUAUGGAAGAAUGGCAACAUGGGUUGGCAGGAGGACAUGUGGUUGAACUAUGCCACGCUGGAUACAGCAUUGGCACCAUGCAGAGAGCUCAGCAAGUGUACUGAGAGCAUGCAGUAUGGUGUUGCUGAAGUCGAUAAGUCGGCGACACGUUGUUCGGACGCUUCAAUCGUUUUCAAUAAGGACUUCAAGACCAAUCCACUUGUGUACUUGACAGUGGACAGUGAGAAGGACACACGCUCUGCAUUCACUUCAGUUGUGAUCUCCAGCAGCCCGUCCAGCGUUAAGUUGAAUGUUUGCAGAGUUGACACUGGCGCCGGCUCCUGGACAGGACCAGUCAGGGUCAACUGGCUUGCUGUAGCCGAGCAAGAUGGACUGUGCGAGAAGACGUGCUGGGGACAAGAGAAUUUAAGUGGAAAAGCGAAUGGAACUAAGCAGCUGAACAUCUCCGUAUCACACUGCCAGACACCAAUGUACAUACCCAUUGUUCUACUCAGUGUGCAGAGCAGCAGUGGACAGGUCUAUGGCACAUCCGUAGCUAGUGUGGCGUCGACAUGGUUUCUAGUCAACAUUCAGCCUGUGAAUGGAACCAAGGAGUGGGAGGACGGCGUAAAGGUGAAUUGGCUGAUCUUCGAACGCAACACUAUCCGCGAUGAGGUGGCUGCUGCUGAUUCAAUCUCUUUAUCAAUAACAAGAGGACCAGUGGUGCAGGAAGUUAGACAGGUUUUCAAGAACCAUUACGCUGCAACUUAUCGUCUUUACCAAGGAAAAUCCCCAGAGUUUCAGUUUCUCGAACAGAAAUUCGACAUCGGUCCUUUGGAUCUUGGUCGAGAGCUUGUCACCACGAUUGAAAACAGCAAGCAUGGAGAAAUGUGGUAUUCGGACGACUCAGGUUUAGAACUCAUUCCCAGACAGUUUGACGGCACGAAAGACGAGCCUGUAGCAGGUAAUUUCUACCCAAUGGUCUUGGGUCUGUACCUGAACGACACAAAAUCCAACUUCACCUUAUCCAUUUUGUCAGAUCGAUCUCACAGCUCUGCUUACUUGGGUGAAGACGUGUAUGAGAUCAUGCUUCACAGGCGCUGCUUAGCAGAUGACUUCUUUGGUGUUGGCGAGGUCCUCAAUGAGACUGAUCACAUCCAACCGGUUUUCUGGUUAGUACCAUCUUAUGAAAAGGCUGCUUCGUACGAUCUGAGACACAAGAUGUCACUUCAGCUGCAAAACCCACCGACGGUAAUGUUUGGCAAGGCAUCGGCCAGUGAAUGGGCAAAGACAUUUGCCACCUCUUUCACCGCUUUGAAGAAACCGUUUCCCGAGAAUGUGCAUCUUCUCUCUCUCAAAGCAAGGAACACUACCAGUGGAGGCAAGCUGGACAGAUUUGUAUUUCGGCUGCAGCAUACGUAUGAGCGUGACGAACCGUCUGAGCUCUCGAAUCCAGUAACAGUCGAUCUCAGCGAGUACUUUGCCGAUGGUCUCGUGCCUACAAUUUCAUCUGAAACGACCCUCACCGGAAACAGGGAGAGGUCCAGUGUACAGCGCUUGAAAUGGCGAGCUGAAGGGGACAUCAGCUCUGAUGGAUCAGCCGAUGAGGUACCCAACAUUUGGUCGCCAGGUGCUAGCCCUGGAUCGGUAUCUCUUGUUCCAAGACAGAUCAGAACUUACAUUACACAGUAGAUGUGCAGGUAUACUUCAAGUAUGUACAAUGCCUGUAUUCCUUGAUUUAACUCUCUAAGGGGCCGGUCACACUGAGGGAAAAUUUGGAAAAAAACCUGUGGUUACCAUGGAUAGUUGCCGCUGAGCGGGAGAUUUGAAGAUUUAAUCCACUCGAUGAAAAUCAGCUCGAGGCCCCGCUUUUCCGCCGAAGAUUAUAAUCAUCCGCGGCUUCCACUAGAUUUCUUUGAGUUUCCUUGUUUUUUUAUUGUGUUCUGAAGUGGAGAGAUACUUUAGAGGCUCUGCUGAUGCAACUCUGGCCCAGGAGCGGAGUUGAUAGACUGCCAGAAACGAAUGAUGACAAAAAAAGUAGCUCAUGUGGGUGAGAUUAUUUUCAUUGUGCGUAUCCAAUGUGACCGUGAUGAAAAGCAGGAACAAAUAUUCCCGGUUUAUAAUCUGAGGAUUGUUCCCUCAAUGUGACCGGCCCCUAAGUGACAAGAUCGUUUCUCAGCUAGUACAUUGUAUGCAAAUGCUGUUUAUUUACUCAGGGUGCGUUUGGUUGGUACGAUCUAGAACAGGAUCAAACAGCUGGUGCACAUGGAACAGCCUCAUGCCAACCAAACGGUACUCCAGAAACAGAGCACAUUUUUGUGGAAAAAUGUGCCAAACUUGGCGCAUUCUUCAAAAUGUGUACGGGUCACCAUGGUCACUUUGUACGGUACAACGCGUCCAACCCAAAAGCGUAUGCACGUGAUCAUUUGGGACCAAAAUCGAUGUUCCUGCCAGGUUUCACUGUGAAAAAGUGAAACUGCCCGAUCUGCUCCGGCCUGGAGGCCGGAGCAAGCAGAACAUGUUCUGGCCGACCCAGAACAGGUGCAGUCCCAACCAAACGCGCUGUUCUGGUGAAUCCUGUUCUAGUUCGUACCAACCAAACGCGCCCUCAGUGCCACGUAUUGGAAUCCUCCUUCACCACUGCAUGGCUGGUUGCGUAGAAAAAAAGGAAUUGAACCUGAGAAAAUUAUGACAAAAAAAUGAAGCUCAGGUUCCUCCGGGGUUCGAACCCGGGACCCUUUGCGUGUAAAGCAAAUGUGAUAACCACUACACCAAGGAACCGUCGCUGAUGUUGCUCUGUUGUACAUACCCUCUGAAUAGACUUUGGUGGGACACUGUUUCCUUUUUGCGAGGGGAAAUACUGCGUAGUCCAUGAAGCUCGAAGAGAGGAAACGAAUGCUGCUGUGCAUGUUGAAAAGAAAUUGUUGCCAGACUAUAGUGCUGUGUGUGUUUUCUCUAGGCAGCCCCGAUUUGUAGACUAUAGUGCAGCUGCUGUGUGUGUUUUCUCUAGGCAGCCCCGAUUUGUACCUCCGUGGUCAUUACUCAUUCUUCGCCGCUUGCCAUACCGUGCAUGCAACCCUGCUUUGGAGUACAACAGUCUUGGUUGGUCACUCUGCACUGUUUGCCAGUGUAACCUGCCAAGCAAUGUCCUGUGUCAUGACACUCUCCCGUCUCAGGGCAGCACUGGUUACAUGUUGUACAAGCAGCUGCACACUGGCUUGGAGAUAACGUACUCUUGGUGUCACCCAGAGGCAUGUUCCCUCGUCCAACUGGCUCUCCAGUAGUGUUCACUAGGAUUAAAACAUUUAAAAUGCCACUUUUGUUAGAUUGGCAUCCAUUGGGAAUAUUUGCCAUUACGUUUUGAUGACAUUAGUGGACCUCACUCCCCACGAUUAGCUUCAGACCUCACAAUGAAGCUCACCGGCACAUGCUGGUUGACUUUGAAGAGCACCAGCAACGAUUUCUUUCAGUUCAACCGAAGCCUGGUCCGACUUUCUCGCAUUCCGUACACAGUGUGAAACCGGGACUCAUUUCCAGGACGGGGCAACACAGUAUGCAUAUAGAGCUGUAUGUGCACUGCGGGUUACACCAGGUGAAAUCCAACCCAACGUGCAAAGCUGCCACCCUCGACCAGCUCACGCUGCAUCGCUGUAUUUGUAGCUGCGUGCGUCCAGCAGAAUUCGUGCUACUUUCAGGACAUCAAUGGUCGUCCAAGUUCUGGGCUCGCUUGGGUUGAAUUUUACCUACCACUGGCAACUGUACACAACUGUACCAGUCUGGCUGACUACUACUACUAUCAUGCGCAUUCGGCACAAGUAGCUACAUUGUACAUACAUGCCUUUGUGGUAGUAGCUAUUGUGUCAUACAAGUACGUGUACCUGUAUGUGGUCUUGCCAUUCCAGACGAGUGCAUGAAAGCCAGUUUUCCUCACACUCAGUAGAAAGUCUUGCCGGUAGUGACAUGUUGAAGGACAAUCUGUUUAGUUUAUACAUUGGUCUUCUUUGGAGGACACUCUAGCUACUAUGCUGCAAGCAAACUGGCUUCGGUAUGGCUGUACGGUCUGACUAUAGACCCACUGCAUGAUUUAAGUUCACUACGGACCGUACCACUUCUCGUUGUUGGUACCCAUUUUUUUUUAAUGAAAUGCUAUGAUUUUUGGCUGGAAGAGUGCCCUGGAAUGGCGCUUACAUCCAUGACUGUUCAUACCAUCCUGAAAUACCUUCGUACGCCCCUGUU